CCCCCUUCAACCCCCCGGCUCUUUGCCCAGAUCCAGGCGUGCCCCCUGCCUACCCACCAACCAGCUACCCGCCUUCGCGCCUCCAUCCCGCAGCACCAGUGGUAGGCGCAGAAGCCAGAUCCUGGCGGCGGCGCAGACUGAGGUGCGAUGGAGCAUCCGGCUAGACCACAACAGCAACACUACCAGCAGUGUACGAGAGGCGGUGACGACGCUGACAGGAGAAGGAAAAGGAGGUGGAGGUGGAGGUGAAGAUGUCGAAACGGCCCACCAUCCAGCAUACUACUCUCCUCCACGUUCAUGCCCAACACCGGGCACUGCAUGAUUUAUGAUGACCGUGCCGGACCAAACACCUCCACCCGUUCAUGUCGUCCGCCUAUAGGAGACGCAGGACAAAGUCACGAACACCUUUCUCCUCCUGCUCCUGCUGCUGCUCCUGCUCCCGCUCUUGCUGCUCCCACUUUCUUCUUCUUCUCCUUCCUCUUCUCCUUCUUUCUUUCUUUGGCUUAUACUGGAGCUGGAGCUGCAGCUAAUUCCACUAGUGCUAGGACUAGCUCUAGUCCCCAGCGCUCCUCCUCCUACACCGGCGGGAGCUGCAACUGCAACUGCAACUGCAACUGCUGAAACAGCUGUAGAAAACAUAACCAUGGACGAUGGUUCAACGGCUACCGCAGCCACCACUGCAGCCACUGCAGCUGCAAACUCGGCAGAAUCCUAUGAGCAGGAGCACGUGCACAGCGUGUACGAGUCGAUCGCCUCGCACUUCUCCUCGACGCGGUACAAGCCCUGGCCCAAUGUAGCCUCCUUCCUCACCGCCCUAUCCCCGGGCUCCGUUGGCCUCGAUGUCGGCUGCGGUAACGGCAAGUACCUCAACGUGAACCCUGACGUCUAUCUUCUCGGCUCAGACCGCAGCGCGAACCUCGCACAACUAGCGCGGGACCUCAAGGUGCGUAAUGCUGGCGCUGGCGCUGGCGCAGACGUUGUAGGCGUCGCCGACGGCCUCUCUCUACCCUUCGGCGCCGCACAUCGACGCGUUGACUUCGCCAUCUGCAUUGCCGUCCUUCACCACCUCUCCACCCGCGAACGCCGCGUCGACGGCCUCCGCGCUCUCCUCGACUGCGUGCACCCCCGCGCGGGUAAAGUGCUCGUUUACGUCUGGGCGCUGGAGCAGGGGAGCAGUCGUCGCGGCUGGGACGAGGGGACCGCUGACCAGGAUCAGUUGGUGCCGUGGGUCAUGAAGCAGCAACAGCAACAGCAAAAGAGCAAAAAGACUAGUAAUAAAAAAGCACCCAAGAAAAAAGAAAAGGGAGAGGAGACGGGGGUUCAGGGGGGAGAAGAAGCAGAAGUCGCAGUAGUAGUAGAUGCAGAAAAAGAAAAAGAAAUACUAGAAGUUCAAAAAGGGGUAAGUGGCGGUGAUACCACAUAUCAGCGGUACUACCACUUGUACCGCAAGGGAGAACUAGAAGAAGACGCCAGGACGGCGGGAGGCGAGGUCUUGGAUAGUGGCUACGAUAGGGAUAACUGGUGGGUUAUAGCGAGCCCGCGAGAAGAAGCUUGAAGAAUAAGAAAGCCGAGGCUUGUUUCUAUAGUACAUAUCUGUCUAUCUACCAUCUACCUCAUAAAUUUUAGGUUACAUAAGGUAAUAAAAACAUCGCCAUCACCUAGGGA